GGCGGAGAAGCGAUGAGCGGGAGCAGUGUAAACUCGGUGUUUUACGCCGAGUCGUACCAUCCGAUUCAGGCUGGAAGCAUCGACGGCACCGAUAUCCUUCCGCAUGACAACGGCGUUUACAGGGCUCUCCUCUGCUCCAACGCCGGCCUCUAUGACCCCCAUGGUGACCCUAAGGUCGUCGGUGAUCCUUAUUGCACCGUCUUCGUUGGUCGACUCUCUCAUUUAACCACCGAAGACACUCUUCAGAAGGCUAUGAGCAGGUAUGGUCGGGUGAAGAACUUGCGCUUGGUUAGGCAUAUUGUAACUGGUGCUUCACGCGGUUAUGCUUUUGUUGAAUUUGAAACCGAGAGAGAAAUGCGUCGGGCAUAUCAGGAUGCUCAUCAUUCAAUCAUUGACGAUUGUGAAAUUAUAGUUGAUUAUAACAGGCAACAAUUGAUGCCAGGGUGGAUUCCAAGAAGGUUAGGAGGGGGCCUUGGUGGUAAAAAGGAAUCAGGACAACUUCGUUUUGGUGGACGAGAAAGACCAUUUCGAGCUCCAUUGCGACACAUCCCGUUCGAAGAUUUGAAAAGACUUGGAAUCCCACCUCCACCUGAAGGGAAAUAUAUGUCACGCUUUCAGGUUCCAUCACCACCUAGAAGACAAAGCAGCUCUUCAGACAGGGAAAGAUCUUCUCUCAAGAGGAGCUCCAUGGAUACAGAAGAAUUCUCUCAAAGAAGUAGCUCUUUUAGGAAGGAAGAUUUGAAAAGAAGGGUGGUAGGCCAGGAAGGGAAAUUUGGCAGAAGGAGCUCAAUGGAGAAAGAAGAGCACCAUAACGAAAAGGGCUUCACAGAUAAGUCUGAGCACUCUGACAAGAGGAAUUUUUUUGAGACACAGGAGCACCAUCAUAGGCGGAGCUCAGCAGACAGGAAGGACUCUCACACAAGGAGCAUUACAGAUAAGGGAGAAAAUUCUGGAAGAGGGAGCCCUACAGACAGGGAAGAGCAUACUUAUAAAAGGACUUUUAGACACAAGGAAGAACGCCCUGAUAAGCACCACAGACGUCAUAGUCGUUCCGAUAGACAAAAUGAGACAAGGUCCCCCUAAUGAAGACCACUCCUCUGCUCACUGACUUGUUGCUACUGAUUUGUCUUUGCAAAUAUAGCUUGCGUGUAGGAGGGAAAUGCUCAAGGAGCAUGUUGUAGAAUUUAGAUCAUUUAGUUGCUUGAUUCUUCAAUUUCAAUUCCAACUACAAAUAAACAAGUCUUAAUCUGUUUCAUUUGUUUCAUUGCCGCUUGAUGAUAAUUUUCCACUAACCCAAGCUUGUCAAGAAAGCACAAUCAGAUUUGAUUCCACUUUCUUGAAAGUCUUCUGUCUACUUUCAUUUUUAUUAAUUAAUCAUUAUUAUUAUU